AUGCUACGAGUGUUUGGCUCUGCUUGCUAUCCGUAUUUACGGCCAGUGGCUGAUCAUAAGUUGGAACCUCGGUCGCUGCAGUGCGUUUUCAUAGGGUAUAGUGCUCAACAUAAAGGCUACAGGUGCUUAUACUCUCCUACAGGCAAAGUCCAUAUUUGUAGACAUGUCGUGUUUGAUGAAGAGUGCUUCCCGUUCAAGACACGAUAUGAAUCUCUUGUGCCUCGCUAUCAUAAUAAGCUUCUCAACGCUUGGCAACAAUCGACUGCAACGCCUCCCCCGAAUCAGAAAGAGGAGGUUCAAGUCUCGCGAGCAUUACCGGUUCCAACAGCUCCAACUCAGACAAUGCCAAAUGUUGCAGAGAAUGAUCAGCAUAUGCUUGAGAAUAAUGGAAAUUCUGGCUCUGAAACUGAAGAUGUCGCUGUGGUUCAGGCUGAGAAUACUCAUCCUAUGACAACAAGGGCAAAAUCUGGUAUUCAUAAACCAAAUACUCGUUCUCUGGUUGCGUCAAAAUUCAUUCCAGAGGUGCCUAUGUCUAUUGAAGCAGCAAUGAAACAUCCUGGAUGGAACUUAGCGGUGAUGGAUGAGAUGGGCCGCAUUCAUAUGCUCAACACAUGGAGCUUAGUACCUUACGAAGAGGAUAUGAAUGUACUAAGCAACAAAUGGGUGUAUACUGUCAAACUCAAGCCGAGUGGUGAUCUAAACAAGCUGAAAGCAUGGUUAGUGGCAAAGGGUUUCGAUCAGGAGGAGGGUCUAGAUUACUUGGAGACCUUCAGUCCAGUUGUGCGCACAGCCACAAUAAGAAUGAUUCUGGAUGUUGCCACAGCUAAGGACUAG